AUGUCGUCGUUUAUCCUUCGCAUAUUAAGUUCAACUGUUGGAGUAUUGUGUAACAAAGUCCAAGAUAAAACAGCAGAAAAACUUAAAGACGGUGAUGUUACUGAUGUAAAGCUUCGAGAGUUUGUUGUGAGAGAAUUGAAUGAUAUAAAGACUAAAAUCGACGGACUGUCACGAAAAGAUCUUCUCAGCAGUUAUGAUUUUUUCAACGAAGGAAUUUAUCUUUUACUUGAUUGUAUUGAGAACUCUUCACAACUAAAAAAGGAAGAACAGGAGAAAUUAAGAAAUUUAACUCUAGGAAGUCAAAAUGACGCCUCUUUGACUUCAAGCAGCCAAAGCAGUGAAAGAUGUAAUGACUUCGAUCAAGAGCACAAACUUGAUGAAGCUUUUAAGACAUUGAGUAUUGAAUGCCCAUUUAAAUUAAAAACCGCUGUCAUAAGAUUUCGAGACGCUAGCAAACAAGCAACUCUUGCAUUCAAUAACGAAAGUUUAUCAAUUGAAGAUAGAAUCUUUGCAGGCAAAAUUCGAAUUGUUUCAACAAUUUGGGAAUGUAUGGAACGUCCACAAAUGGCCAUUACAUUGUGUUUGCCUUUUUUGGAGAAACUUCAUUCAUUACCUGCUAUUCGUGAGAUAUUUAAUGUUUACAUCAAUGGUGGUGUAAAGUCACUGUUGAAAAGACACGAUCGUAUGGAAAAUGUACGAUCAAUGAUGUUCAUUAACCGUAUGUUGUAUCAGAUUAUUAAAGAGUUUGGGAAAACAUAUCCUAUGGCUUUAGAUUGGCCGACCAUUCAACUGAAAAACAGACAAUUUAAUCCAAUAUGGCAUUGGCGUAAUGUCUCGGAGAGAUUUUCAUGGCGCAGAGAGGUCCAAGGUCCAAAUGAAUUGGAGGUUCAGUUGAAAUUAAAAAAAAAUCAGUUUAUCAGUACAGAAAAUUUCAGUUUAUCAGUCCAUGUUAACAGUGGCAAUGAUUUAGUUUCUUGCUAUAACAAAUCAAUUGGGAUUAUAAGAAAGGAUGCUCAUGAUGAAGUCGUCUAUGAAUUUCCUGAAUCCGACUACAUAUUGGCUACCUUUAUAGAUAAAAAUGAUGACCUGUACGUCCUUGUCCAUCGAAUAUCGUCCUCUGAGAAUGAUUGCUUGUAUCUAGUGGUGUUUGAUCCUCAUUUUGGUGUUAAAAGGGAAAUAUCCUUGGAUUUUAUUGUUGACGACUCUUGGUACGUUGGCCUAUUCGUUUCGGCAGAAAACCUCGUGGUUUAUCAACAGUCUAAUAAUAUUGUGCUUGCGUGUGAUAUGCAAGGAAAAUUAAUAAAGCAGUUUAAAGUUAAAGAAAAAGAAGACCUUUGUCCGCGGGUAAGCGUUACCAAAGAGAAGGAAAUCGUUUUAGGUGACAAAUUUUCUAUAUACAUUUAUUCGAUCGAGGGUUGUUUGAAGUCGACGAUUAAUUUAAAUAUACAUUUUCAAGACUUUUUCUAUCACUUUGGCCUGAAGAAAUUCCUCAUAAUUGAAAACUGUUAUGAUCUUGAGCAUUACCGUAUUUACAGUUGUGAUCGUUCAGGAAAACUCGAAACAUUGACUGAACGUCUAUACGUGUUUAAUGUUAGGUUUUUACAAUCAAGUCAAUUUCCUGUUAUUUUUUGUGAAUCAAUUCGGAACUCACCUUAUCUUAUGCCGUGUUACUAAUCAUUUUUUCAUGUUUGUGGUAAAUCGUCGACAUAUACUGAAAAUAAAAGAUGAGCGAUUAUAGACAUCAUACGAAAUAAAGUUAUUGAUAGGCAGAAGGAGCA